AUGGGGGCAAGUGGUGACGAGCGCGUGAACGAGCAUCCGGCGCUGACGAGCAUGCACACGGUGUGGCUCCGGCACCACAACCGUGUCGCCCGCCGCCUGCAGCAGCUCAACACUCACUGGGACGACGAUAGGCUCUUCCACGACACGGUACGACGCAUGCGCGCUUGGCGCAUCUUGAAUGCCCAGUGGCAGCACAUCGUGUACGCCGAGUGGCUGCCGCCCAUCCUGGGACCAGAGGCGAUGGUGCGUUACCAGUUGGUGCCCACGGGCCGCAGUCGCUACGCGCCUGACGUGGACGCCACCAUACUCAACGAGUUCGCCGCCGCAGCCUUCCGCCUGGGACACACGCUCAUCGACGGCGUCUUCCAGAGGAUUGACAUCGAUGGCCAGCGUAGUCCAUUUGAGUUGCAGGACUUCUACUUUUUCCCCUUCUACUUGUACCACGGAGACAUGGACAACAUCAUCCGGGGCCUGCUUCGGCAUCCGGGGCAACACUACGACAGCUUCAUCACCGAGGGCGUCACCCACCACCUGUACCGGCUCCGCAACGACUCGUACGGGCUGGACCUGGUCGCGCUGAACCUGCAGCGCGGUCGCGAGCACGGUCUGCGGCCGUACGUGGACUACCUGCAGUACUGCACGGGCUACCAGGCCACCACUUUCGAGGACCUGCUCCAGUACACGCCCGCGCACAUCGUGCAGCUGUACAGCACACUAUACGAUGACGUGACGGACAUCGACCUCUUCACGGGUGGCAUCACGGAGAGCAGCGUCCAGGGCGGCCUGGUCGGUCCCACGUUCGCCUGCAUACUGGGACAGCAGUUCCGUCGGCUCAAGUUUGGCGAUCGAUUCUACUACGAGCACGAGGGACAGGCCGGAUCCUUCGCACCAGAGCAACUUCAGGAGAUCCGAAAGACGACGCUGGCACACAUACUCUGCGAC